GGGCAGGCGACGAAAGGGAACAUGGAAGAGAAAGUUAGCCUUUUAGUUUCUGAGGGACUUGUUCUUUAUUUCGUUUCUCCCCGUCUUCUUCAUAGUUUCCAGAAUAGUAGAAGGCCCCCGCACCUGCACCUCCAGAUCCACAUUCCCCUGCCUUGGUUUUGUGGCUGGGGCACACGUUGUGCACAUCCCUUAGGUUGCUGGCUGCUCCCCGCGAGCCUGCCUUAGGGAAUGGGUGGAGGCUGGUAGGCUCUAGACCGCAGGUGCCCAGGAUUCAGUGUGGGAAGCUUCUCCAGUUGAACAGUCGCUGAAAGGGAUUUCGUACAUGGAAAGAGACCGUGCCUCUGCUGCUGACUCAGUGAGUCUGUGUUAUGCUCCCAAAUUUAUUACUUUUAGAGGUAUAUCUUGCCACUGCCUACAUGGACAUUUGAAAGUGCCUGCAUCAAACACUUGCAAGCAUGGAGACCUCUUCCAUGCUUUCCUCAUUGAAUGAUGAGCGUAAGUCUGACAACUACAUUGAGCCUCACUACAAGGAAUGGUAUCGGGUAGCUGUGGACACUCUGAUAGAACAUGGAUUAGAGGCAUACCAAGAAUUUCUUGCCAAAGAACGAGUUUCAGACUUUCUAGCUGAGGAAGAAAUUAAUUAUAUUCUGAAAAAUGUCCAGAAGGCUGCCCAGAGUACAGCACAUGGAACUGAUAUUUCUUGCGAUGAAAACUCAUCUUCGGGAACCUACUGGCCCAUUGAGUCAGAUGUGGAAGCUCCCAAUCUUGAUCUGGGCUGGCCUUACGUGAUGCCUGGACUCCUAGGGAGUACCCACAUAGACCUCCUCUUCCAUCCCCCGAGAGCACAGCUGCUUACAAUAAAGGAAACCAUUAGGAAGAUGAUCAAGGAAGCAAGAAAGGUCAUUGCCUUAGUGAUGGAUGUAUUUACAGAUGUGGACAUUUUCAAAGAAAUAGUGGAGGCAUCAACUCGAGGGAUAUCUGUGUAUAUUUUGCUCGAUGAGUUCAAUUUUAAUCACUUUCUCAACAUGACUGAAAAACAAGGUUGUCAAAUUCAGCGUCUCAGGAACAUUCGAAUGCGGACAGUGAAAGGCCAAGAUUAUCUUUCAAAAACGGGAGCAAAAUUCCAUGGAAAAAUGGAACAGAAAUUUUUGUUAGUUGACUGCCAGAAAGUCAUGUACGGUUCUUACAGCUAUAUGUGGUCAUUUGAGAAAGCUCACCUCAGCAUGGUUCAAAUAAUCACAGGCCAACUUGUUGAGUCCUUCGAUGAAGAAUUUAGAACUCUCUAUGCCAGGUCCUGUGUCCCCAGUCCAUUUGCUCAGGAAGAGUUGGCAAGGGCAAAGCAAGGCAAAGCACUGUGGGAGAAUGGCACAUACCAGCGCUCAGUUUCCUCCUUAGCUUCCAUUUCCAGCCAAAGAAACCUUUUUAGUAGACAAGACAAAAUUCAUAUCCUAGAUUCUAGUUACUUCAAAGGCAGAGGGAUAUAUCCCCUCAACGAGCAUGACAAAUACAGCAUAAGAAAUCAUGGAUACAAACCUCAUUUUGUUCCGAACUUUAAUGGUCCAAAUACAGUGCGUCAGUUUCAACCCAGUCAGAAAAAUGAAAACUGGAAAAGGCAUAGUUAUGCUGGGGAACAGCCAGAAACAGUACCAUACCUGCUGCUUAACAGGGCUCUGAAUCGAACCAACAACCCUCCUGGUAGUUGGAAAAGGCCUUCAGAUAGUGUCAGUGUGACGUCCUCAUCACGAGGGGGCUACACAGGGCUUCUCAGCACACCUGCCCAGAGUUUUGCUGACCAGCUUGCCCAGAGAAAAACAACAAAUCUCCCCGAAAGGAAUUCAAACGUGCGCAGGUCUUUUAAUGGGACAGACAAUCACAUUCGCUUUUUGCAGCAACGAAUGCCAACCCUUGAGCACACUACAAAGUCAUUCCUACGCAACUGGAGGAUUGAGUCCUACUUAAACGAUAACUCAGAAGCUGCACUGGAUUCGAACGGUUCAGCCUUAGGGGAUCGAUUUGAAGGCUAUGAGAGUCCUGAGAAUCUGAAAGCCAGUGCCCUGUAUACACAUUCUCGCCUUCGUUCCUCUUUUGUAUUUAAACCAACUUUACCUGAGCAGCAAGAAGUCAACAGUUGUACAACUGACUCCUCAAAUUCAACUAUCACUGGUUCCCAGGGAAGUGACACAUCUAAAAAGGUCCCAAAUACCCCUACAGAUGCACAGCAUUUGACACAAAAACCUCUGCCCGAAUCAAGCCCCAAGAUUAUGAUACAGUCAGAGACACCAAAAACACACACCUUGCAGGUUCCCGAACACCAGUCAGCAGUUUUACACCAAACUGCAAGGAGCCAUACAGAAGCAAGCAACUAUUCGCAUGCAGUGUUGGGUAUAAAUAAGCAGACAGAAAAGCUCAAGAAUCAACAUGAGAAUCUGCUUAAAAGACGAAGUUUUCCAUCCUUUGACCACUCAAAAUCCAACUUAGAUCAUGGGAAUAGUAAGAAUUAUGUAUAUAGUACACUUACAAGGAAUCAAGUUAGACAACCAGAAAAACCCAAAGAGGAUUUGCUGAAAAGUUCUAAAAGUAUGCACAAUGUGACCCAAAACAUAGAGGAGGAGGAGGAGAAUAUGAUCCAGAGGGUCCCUCCAGGUGGCACUGCCACCAAGUCCAUUUCCAUUGCUGCCUUACUUGAUGUGAAUAAAGAGGAACCCAACAAAGAACUCACUUCAAAAAGAGAUGCGAAGGGGUCUCCAAGUUUUUUGAAAAAGGGAUCUCAGAAGUUAAGAUCCUUCCUUAGCCUUACUCCAGAAAAGAAAGAAAAUCUACCCAAAAAUAAAUCAUCUGCAUUCUAUAGAAUUUGUAGUAGCUCUGACACAUUAGUUUCUGAGGGGGAAGAGAAUCAAAAACCAAAGAAGUCAGAAACCAAAGUCGAUUCGUCUCCUAGAAGAAAGCGUUCUUCUUCAUCAAACUCCCAAGGUAGUCUCCACAAGAGUAAGGAAGAUAUAACAACAGUUAGCCCAUCUCAGGGUGCCAAUUCUUCAUCAGAGGAAAAUAAUAAAAUAAUUCCUUCUCCAAGGCCAGCUGAAAGAAAGUUCUUCGAGAAGGGAGGAGACGCCUCCACCCCAAGAUUUAACACUGAGCAGAUUCAAUACCGAGAUUCAAAGGAGACUCAUAGAGUCAUUGCUCUUGAAAGAAGACCAGCCUCUCCUCCAAAGCCAAAGCCUAGUGAGCUGCUAAGAUCUCAUUCAACAAACCAGCGUGUUUACAGUCGUUUUGAGCCAUUUUGUAAGAUUGAGAGCUCUACUCAGCCAACAAGCCACAUUCCAAAUACCAGCGUAAACCACCCAGAAAGGAAAUCCUCAUCUAUGAGCAACAGUUAUGGCAGGUGCAGCCCAAUGCUUAAUUAUAAUGCUGGUGUUUAUCAAACAUAUCAACCCAAUGAAAACAAGUUUCGAGGAUUUAUGCAAAAGUUUGGGAAUUUCAUACACAAAAACAAAUAAAAUGGUAUAAUCUCAAAUAGCUAUGAAAAUGUAAAUUGAAUGUGGGUAUUAAUAUUUGCCCAAGGGAUGCUGCAGACAAUUUUUGUACCAUGCCAAUAGAUUUCUUAGGUACAGAAUUGUGGUAUGAUGUAUAUGUUCUACAGUGCAGUAGUGUACAGUAAAGUUAUUGUUUUUUGUGACAAAAUUAGUUAUGCUUAAUUACUUUUGUAAACACUUUUUUAAACAGUAAUAGUAAAAAAUAGAUGUGAUUAAAUUUACUGAGACUAAAGUGUUUAGAAACUUUAGUGAAGAUAUGGUAUAUGAAUUUUAACCAUUCAUUCCAAAGUCUUUUCUCUUAAAAAAAAGUAUCAUAUUACUAAAGUGAUGCUUUAUAAUACGCCUUUGUGGUGUUUUCAUUAUCUUCAAAAAUAGAAAAUGAGACAAAGGUUUUAAAAUUUUUAACUCAUUUAAAAUUCUACAAGAUAGCUUGUUAUAUUUUAUUAAUUUUUUCUAUGCAGCAUUGUAUAACUGUUUGGGCAAAAAGAGCAUUAUUUAAACUAUGUAGCUCAGCACAUUUUUUACUUUGCCUGAACUUUUUGCAAAGUAUCAUCUUCAUGUGAUACAAAUCACAUGCAUAGAACUCUUUUUGAACCCUUUGAAAAUCUUCUCAGGCAUGAUGCUUUCCAAUCUGGACCCAGGGACUCUGAACCCCACUCCCCCCAAGCUGCCCAUCUUUUGUAGUCAUUUCCUACUUCAAAUUUAUAGAAAGCAGGAAUUUGGAACAUUGUGGGUUAUUUCUAUCCUUUUUUUUCCUAAUAUAUUGAAACCUUCAGAGAUGUAAGCUUCUGUCUAAAUUUUUAUUGUAAAUUAACAUCAAAUGCUGUGAUGUUUUGUUUGCAAAAUGCUUUGCUCUUUUUCAGUUUGAGCAAAAUAUUGUAUGAAAGCAUCAUGUUUUCAUAGGGGUACCAUGAUAAAAAUGAGAAGAGGCCCCAUGUUUCCAUGCCUACAAAACCUGGUUGUUUUUCAGUCUUUCUAUAUCUUAAUUUGAUGAUGACAUUCAAAGUAUAAAAGACCUUUUGCCUAAUUUAGAGUAAUGAAAUAAAAAAUUUUCUAUAUACAUUA